AUGAGGAGAGCUGCAUUCCCAUUGGCUCUGCCUUCACUAGAAGACAAGAAACUGGUAAAAUCUGCUGUUAGCUGCUGCCCAGCGGGCUCCAAUUAUAGCAACGGUGGUGUCCAUGCCCCCCCCCCCCCAUGGCGGGGCCACUAUGCGUCAACCAUCGUUCUGAUUAUGCAGCCACAGUCUUCCAGCCCAGGUCAAAAAGAGACAAGAGAUUGCAGGUGCUCAAGUCUUGUUUGUGUUCCCAGGAAUACCAGUGGAGGGUUUCUGAGCAUCGAUCCCACCACCCCGGCCUGGGAGGGCACACUCACACCAGUGAAUGGAAGUGACGAGGACCUUCUUCCAAGUAACAACGUGGAAAUCCUGAUCGUGACUUUGCUGACCUUCAUCUUUGCCCUGGGCGGGCUGGUGGGAAACGUGACCGUGCUCUGGCUGCUGGGCUGCCGCAUGCAGAGGAACGCUUUCUCCGUCUACAUCCUCAACCUGGCAGGAGCUGACUUCCUCUUCCUCUCCUCCCAGGUUGUAUAUGCCCUGGAGGCGCUCAUCAACUUCCAUUCGGUGUACUUUUCCAUCCCCAGAUUUUUCACCACCAUGUGGACCUUCGCCUACAUCGCGAGCGUGAGCAUUCUCAGCGCCAUCAGCACCGAGCGCUGCCUGUCGGUCCUUUGUCCCAUCUGGUACCGCUGCCACCGCCCGAGACACACGUCAACUGUGACGUGUGGCCUGCUCUGGGCCCUCUCCCUGCUGCUGAGCAUCCUGGAAGGGAAGUACUGUGGCUUCCUGUUUAGGGAUUUUGACCCUGGGUUGUGUCUGGCGUUUGAUUUCGUCGCGGCCGCCUGGCUGAUUUUCUUAUUUGUGCUUCUCUCUGGGUCCAGCCUGGCCCUGCUGACCAGACUGCUGUGGGGCUCCCAGCGGAUGCAGCUGACCAGGCUGUAUGUGACUGUGGGGCUCACAGUGCUGGCCUUCCUCUUCUGCGGCCUGCCCUACGGCAUUCACUGGUUCCUCGUAUUCUGGAUUCAGCAGGGUUUUGAUGAGUCCCUCUGGCAUCUUUAUCUGGCUGCGCUCACCCUGUCCUGUGUCAACAGCUGUGCCAACCCCAUCAUCUACUUCUUUGUUGGCUCCUUCAGGCAGCGGUGGCCCCGGCAGCGGAAGACCCUCAGGAUGGUUCUCCAGAGGGCCCUGCAGGACGCAUCGGGAGGGGAUGAAAGCGAAGUCCGCCUGCCUCAGGAAACUCUGGCGAUGUCGGGAAACAGUCUGGUGCCUUGA